GGGGCCUCCACUUCCGGUUCCGGUCCCGGCUCCGGGAGGGCGGGGAAGAUGCUGCGGGCACCAAGGGGGCGGCCCGGCGCCGCAUUCCUGUGGCUCGCGGUGGCUGCGCGCACCAUGGCCGGAGCGCCCACGGUCUCGCUCCCUGAACUGCGUUCGCUCCUGGCCUCGGGCCGGGCCCGGCUCAUCGAUGUGAGAUCUCGGGAGGAGGCGGCAGCGGGGAGCAUCCCGGGGGCGCUCAACAUCCCGGUAUCUGAGCUGGAAAGUGCCCUGCAGAUGGAGCCCGCUGCUUUCCAGGCUUUGUAUUCCGCCGAGAAGCCGAAGCUAGAAGAGGAGAACCUCAUUUUCUUCUGUCAGAUGGGCAGGCGGGGCUUGCAGGCCACGCAGCUGGCCCAAGGCCUUGGAUACACAGGCGCUCGAAACUACGCAGGAGCCUAUAGAGAAUGGUCCCAGAAAGAAGAUUAGGUGGAAGAUGGCUUACUGAUGACCCCCUCUCCCCCACUCCCAUGGCCAAAAACCCUAACCAAGGGUGGGGAAGGGGCAGACUUAGAAUGGGCAGCUCCUUACAGCACUGAGCACACAAGCGUAUCAAAUAAAGAUAAUUUAAUAAAAA